AUGGGUGAUAUACUUGAUAUCAACGCACCAGUUCAUUUCAACAAUGAUAUAUCCACUUAUGAGCUGCAUGCACAUCAAACAUUUGGAUCAUCAAGCUUUGAGAAUAGUGAUGGAAUUAGAAUAUCGAUACAAAACCAAGAUUUAUUCAUUUUGCCAUGUAAAAGCUACAUUCAUAUAAGUGGAAAAUUAUGUAAAGAAGAAAAUAAAGAUGUACCAAUUGGUAUUUCACUAGUUAAUAAUGCAAUGAGUUUUUUAUUUGAAGAAAUGCGUUAUGAGUUAAAUGGGGUUUUAGUUGAUAAAUCCAAAAAUGUUGGGAUUACAACAAUAAAAAAUUAUUUAUCAAUUAAUUCGAGGGAGAAUAAUGAAAAUGCUGGAUGGUUAAACGGACUUGAGCAAAUGAUGUUAACAGAUGAAAAUGGUUAUUUUGAUUUAUGGAUACCAUUGAAAAUGUUUUUUGGCUUUGCUGCAGACUAUCAAAAAAUCAUUGUUAACGCCAAACAUGAAAUUAUUCUGGUACGAUCUCGCUCUGAUUUAAAUUCAAUCGUGAGAGAUGUUGCAACUUUUCAAGAAGAAGUUAAAUUUGAUUUAAAAAUUACAAAAGUUGAAUGGUUAGUGCCAUAUGUAACACUAUCGAAUAGAAAUAAAAUGGAAAUGAUGAAAUAUAUACAAAAAGAUCCAGUCAUUUCUAUUGGGUUCAGGACCUGGGAACUCUAUGAGUAUCCACUGCUACCAACAACAAAUCAUCAUAUUUGGACGGUGAAGACAUCAACUCAACUGGAAAAACCUCGCUAUGUUAUUCUUGCUUUUCAAACAAAUAGAAAAAAUGUAUGGCAUGCAGAUGCAGCAAGAUUUGAUCAUUGUAAUAUAACAAAUGUUAAAUUAUAUCUCAACUUACAAAUUUUUCUAUAUGGAAAUUCAAAUCUUGAUAUUUCGAAAAAUCAAUUUUCAUUAUUGUAUGAUAUGUAUGCUAAUUUUUCUGAGUCUUAUUAUGGAGCUAAAAUAGAUUUGAUAUCAAAAAAUUUUUUCAUCCAUCAAUCACCAUUAAUUGUAAUUGAUUGUAGUAAACAAAAUGAACUUUUAAAAGCUGGUGCUGUAGAUGUACGUUUAGAAUUUGAAUCUAAAAACAAUUUUCCACAAGGAACUGCAGCUUAUUGUUUAAUUUUACAUGAUAAUAUAAUUGAAUAUAAACCAAUCAGUGGCAUUGUACAUAAAUUAAGUUAA